CGCCCCUGGUCCUCGGCACCCCGGGCCCGCUGCUGACCCGACCCCCCAACGUCCGGCACCAGACGCACAAGACGAUGGAACGCAAGCUGCGGGCCAUCCGGGGACCCGAGGUCACCUACGAUCCGGCCGCAGAGUCCCGCCUGGCGGACUUCAUCUUGAACUUCGAGUUCGUCAACACCAACCCGCUGCGCAAGGGCGUGGUCCCCGUGUCCGAGGAGUUCAACGCGGGUUGCACCUGCGUCGGGGCGUGCAACCCGCAGAUCUGCCUGUGUCUGUCCAAGGAGGAGGACGAGAGCAACACGAACAUCGUGCCGUACCGGAGAGCCCCAGACGACCCGCACAUGAUGGUGCUGAAGCCGGAGUUCCUGACACGCAAGGCCAUGAUCUACGAGUGCAGUGACCGGUGUGGGUGUAAUGCGGGAUGUUGGAAUCGCGUGGUCCAGAAUGGACGUACCGUGCGGCUGGAGAUUUUCUAUACCGGGGACCGUGGGUUUGGCCUCCGCUCACCAGACCGUAUCCGCGCCGGCCAAUUCAUCGACUGCUACACAGGCGAAGUGAUCACCACCGCGGCCGCCGAUCUCCGUGAAGCGGCUCUUACAGCGCACGGCGCAUCCUACCUCUUCAGUCUCGAUUUCUUGAACGGCCAGUACGAAGACUAUGAGGAGGACUCCAACAACGACGACGACGACGACGAUGAAGCCGGGGAAGACGACGACGAAGCCACCGAGUCCGGCUGCAAGUACGUGAUCGACGGGCGUAACUUCGGCGGCCCGACUCGCUUCAUCAACCACUCGUGCAACCCGAACUGCCGCAUGAUCCCUGUCUCCCGCAACCACGCCGAUCGAGACCUGUACGAUCUGGCCUUCUUUGCCCUGCGCGAGAUCCCGCCGUACACGGAAUUGACCUUCGACUAUAACCCCGGGUCCGAGGGCGGCGGCGGCGGCGGUAUCGUCAAGGGCGCCAAGAUCGAUCCCAGCGCGGUGCGGUGUCUCUGCGGCGAGGCGAACUGUCGGGGCCAGUUGUGGCCGAAUCAGAGGAAGAAGGGGGUUGCGGUGAGAUGAACAGCACACCCGAAUUUGUUGGUCACUCACCUCGUCUUCUUUGCUGCUUGCUUGCAUGCCUUGCAACUGAACCUGCUGCGGUGCACCUAGUACAUUGGCAACAUUCUAACGGGUCAGUGUGGUAUUCCCCCGAGGCGUUUGAGCAAAAUGACCUUCUAUUACAGGUACAGCCUGCGCUCAAGACAGAAAAGCGUUCAUACAUACCAUCUUGUAUGUCCGGACGUCUUUUGAUACACCGAUCUUGUUCCAUUCCGUUUGAUCUGGAUAUCCACCUCUACUGUCCUUGUCCACGCAUGUCUGCAUAGACCUUCCCAUGGCGCGGUGUUCAUACUUUCCCCAGUUCAAGACACACAUACGCAUACACACAACCUUGCACAUCUUACCUUUUUGCACAUGCUUCCUUCGACUCACGAUACCCCAAUCCUGUACGUACAUUCCAGCCUUUUUUUCGAAUAUGAUUGAAGCCUGCAUGCAGCGCGAGGGUCUUCAC